AUGGCUUCAUUCCCAUCGCGAGAUGAUAUUGAUACGAAAUCCAUACUUUCCAUGCAGGAGUUGGAUCCUUCACCAGUGGAUGAGAGUUUCCCCGAAGUUGACUCGGACGACUACCUCGUGCCCAAAUUCCAACCCCCGCCGAACACACGAAAUUUCUGGUGGUAUUCUGUCGGCCUCCGUGGGCAAAACUGGGACUCCUGGUUAUCUGCUGUUCAAAGAUAUUCAACGUACCCUCCAACCUUGUUCGGGGCGCUACAUUUCGCAAAUACGUCCCUAAUUCCUCUGGCGACACGCUCCGUCCCCGAAAGUGACAAUUACCUACUUCUCACUAGACCCAUAUAUCAAGCCCCCGUGCUUGAGCAUGUCCUCCUGACCGUCCCGAUCUUUGCGCACAUCGCAUCCGGUAUCGCACUCCGCAACAUUCGCUCUUCGCGGCGCGCGCGACUCUACGGUGCUGAAACCCGAGAUCAACGGCAUGCGCUCUCCUUCUGGCCCCGUAUGAGCUUUCAGGCGCGCCUGGGCUAUGCGUUUGCUCCGCUGCUUGCUACCCAUGUUCUUGUCAAUCGUAUGGUACCGGUCAUGGUUGAAGGAGGUAGCUCGGGGGUGGGCUUAGGCUUCGUCGCACAUGGCAUUGCGCGUAGCCGUGUCUUCUGGAUUACGUACUACCACAUCUUUGUCUUUGUUGGAGUGUAUCAUAUACUCGGCGGAUUGGCAGCUUGGAUGGGCUGGAGAAUAACUACUACUCGGAAGCCUCGUGGGAGCAAGAAGGGCUCGCUCGAGGGUCAUCUAGGUCCCACAGAGAGCGAGCAGCAUAUCAAGCGUCGGAAAAGGAUGUGGUGGAACUUUAACAAGAUCGCCGCGCUGGGAGCAUGUGUAUGGCUUGCUGGAGCGCUUUGGAUCGUUGGAACUGGGGGAGAGGGCACGGGCUGGGAGGCCAAAGGCUGGAACGAAAUCUAUAGUCAAGUGCCUGUCAUUGGAAGCUGGUUAUAG